AUGCCGCCGCCGCUGCUGCUGCUGCUGCGAGUUACCGAGAAGGAAGUCCAGCAGUGGUACAAAGGCUUCAUCAAGGACUGCCCCAGUGGGCAGCUGGAUGCCGCAGGCUUCCAAAAGAUCUACAAGCAAUUCUUCCCCUUCGGAGACCCCACUAAGUUUGCUACGUUUGUUUUCAACGUCUUUGACGAAAACAAGGAUGGGCGGAUUGAGUUCUCUGAGUUCAUCCAGGCACUGUCGGUGACCUCAAGGGGAACCCUGGACGAGAAGCUGCGGUGGGCCUUCAAGCUCUAUGACCUGGAUAACGAUGGCUACAUCACCCGGAAUGAGAUGCUGGAUAUUGUGGAUGCCAUCUACCAGAUGGUGGGGAACACUGUGGAGCUUCCUGAGGAGGAGAACACCCCUGAGAAGAGGGUGGACCGGAUCUUUGCUAUGAUGGACAAGAAUGCUGACGGGAAGCUGACGCUGCAGGAGUUCCAGGAAGGGUCCAAGGCAGACCCCUCCAUCGUGCAGGCUCUGUCCCUCUAUGACGGGCUGGUAUAG